AUGAAGUUCUUCCAGAGCAUGGCUGUGGCCGCAAAUCUCCUGGCAUCUGGUCUCGCCAUCGAGAUUCGCUUCCAUGAUACAAACAACUGUAUCGGUGGCUAUGUCUACUGCCCAACCAUUAACCCCAACCAUUGCUGCCUCGGCCCCGGCAGCAUGUCUACCUAUUUCGCGUGGAUCCCCAGAGAGUGGAGCAUCGAUACCCGGGUUUUCGAGGGCAAAGUGUGCAGCGGCGUGUCACGCACGCAGCGUAGUGGAUCCCGUGAUGCCAUCUGUAUGGGGGCGGAGUGGGAGUUGAUUCAAUCUGCUCGCUACGACUUUGUCGGCAAAAAGCGAGGCGAGACGUCGGACGGCAAUACUGGCGACGAAGAGUGCCAGAAGCCGAGCGGGGUUGUCUUUGCGGACGGCGCCCACUAUCAGUUCGACGCCAUGACCGAGAGUCAAGUUGUCGAGAUGUUCCUCAUCGACCUCUAA